AUAACUAUUUAAUUAAUUGUAGCUGCUGCUGCUGCUACUGCCAACACGGCCUUCACUAAUAGUACUACCUCGCUCAAUCUUCGUGAACAAGCGACAACAAACAAUGUCGUUUCUCCGCAAAUCCCCAAACAAAACCCUCACCACCCUCCGUCGUUUCGCAACAACCCUAGCCGCGAAACCCUUCCCCGACGACCCCACCGCCGCCUACUACGACCAGCUUGCCUUCGCCGCCGGCGACUCGGGCGACUUCCACGCGCUCCGCGACGUCCUCAACAAGCGCAUACAAGACGGCUUCCUCAACACCAAGAUUACCUUCAACUUCCUCAAAGACACCAACUUCUCCCCCUCCGUAAUCGACAACCUCGUCCAAACCCUCUCCCACCUAAACCAAGGUGCCACGCGCCGCAGCGCCCUCGACUCCCUCGUCACGCGCCUCUGCAAGCUCCGUCGCGCGGAUGAGGCGCUUCGCGUGAUAGAUUCUCUGGCGCGUGACAACGUCUGCGCCCCCGCCGCGUGCACCUUCUACCCAGUCCUCAAAUGCCUCACCCGGGAAGAAAAAUCCCUCGACCACGCGCGGCGCGUGGUCGAUCACAUGGCCAGGCUCGGGAUCGCGCUCGACGUGACGGCGCACAACAUUUUUCUCAUGGCGCACUGCUACGCCGGCGAGUUGGACGCGGCGGCCGGAGUUUUGAAAAGAAUGGAGGAGGACGGUGUGGGGGCGGACCCGCGUACAUUCGACGCGCUGGUGCUUGGCGCGUGCAGGGCUGGGAAGGUGGAGGGUGCUAUGGUGGUGGUGAGGAGGAUGGUGGAUGAUGGAGUGCCCAUGUUGUACUCAACACACAUGUGUAUUAUUGGGACCCUUUUGAAGAUGAAGUGCUAUGAACUUGCUAUGAAGUAUGUUAGGGUUUUUGUUGGGAAGGAUAAGUUGUUGGAUUCUGAGCUUCUUGGGUGUUUGGCCUGCAAGCUUGUGAAUUUGAAGAGGGUUAAGGAGGGAAUGUCUGUUUUGGAGGAAAUGAAGCAAAAGGGUGUGCCAAUGGGUCAUAAGUUGAACAAGUUUUAUGAAAUGAAUGCUGGAAAUGAAAAUGGUGCAAGGGUUGAUUGAUGGUGGAGUUUAAGGAGGAGGGAAUGGAGUGUAGUGUGGAUGUGGAUGUGGGGAAAAUGUAGAUUCAGGAUUAUAUUUGUCAUCAUGGUUAGUUCUAUGACCUUUUUUGAGGGUUACAAAUUACCAUGGAUAUAUUUAUGGAAAAAUUUGAGGUUUAUGGUUUCGGUUGAUUUUUAGGAGAUGAGAACCAAUUCAUCUUUGCAGCUUAGAGAGUUAUUUGUAGGGACGCAAAAUUUAUUCAAGUUUUAGAUUUAUUUAUCUUAAAUUCAGAAGUAAUGACAGAUUCACUGGGUGCCAAUUCAGUUCAAUUCUCCAUACCAUGAGUUAGUUCAA